CUAGCCUGCGCUUCCAGUCGUCGAAAGUGCGAGGCAUCGUCGAUAACAAAAGUGGGUGAGGGUGACGUCCCGACCGGCAUCAGAAACCAACUCCGACUGUGCUCUCCGUCACACACUCCGUCCUCUGCCUCAUUCGACGUCGCGUAACGAUACGCAGGGGAGAUUCUGCGCUGCGCAUAGACAGGAACCCCAGUGGCAGCAGCAUUACAGCCCAUUUCACGCGCACAGCCAAUAAGUUCGUACAAGCGCGAUCGCCAUCUACCAUUCACCGAGCUGCACGGCCAGCCAGACAUCUCUCGCCAUAGGAUUGGUAUAGGACAGCUGCCGACACUAUCACAGCCAGACCAGCGGGCUUAUCUUGGGCGCUGGAGGGGCCCGCGCGAUGCUACACGCAAGCGCCCUCGCAGGAGCCUGCGCCGGCCUCGUCUCGUCGAUUGUGACGUGCCCCUUGGAUGUCGUCAAGACGAAGCUGCAGGCGCAGAGCGGGCCUACCAGACCACUACGACAGGGCUGGAGUGGGCCUGCGGGGCAUCCGAAUGGGUCUAUCGGUGGGGGUGGCGCGAGGCUGGCGUACGAGGCACAGCGAAGAUCACAGGCAAUUAAGGAGGCCAUUACCGGAGAAGGUGCUGAGUCUAGAUAUGAGGGUCUCUUUGGAACCCUGCGGAAAAUAUGGAGAGAAGACGGCUUCCGAGGCUUCUACCGGGGCCUGGGGCCGACCAUCUUUGGGUACCUCCCGACGUGGGCCAUCUACUUUACAGUUUAUGACCAGUGCAAAACAGUGCUGGCCGAGCGGUUCAAUCCGACUGGCGAGGAGGACUUCAUGAAUCACAUCGUGAGCGCAAUGACAGCGGGCGCUGCGAGCACAUGCUGCACCAGCCCGCUGUGGGUCGUCAAGACUCGCUUCAUGCUGCAAUCCGGCAAGAAUCCUGCGACGAGGCCGUACAGACACACGGGCGACGCCUUCGUCCAGAUCUUCCGCACCGAGGGGUGGCGAGGCUUCUACCGAGGCCUGCUCCCCAGCUUGUUUGGCGUAAGCCACGUCGCUGUCCAGUUCCCACUCUACGAACAGUUCAAAUCAUCGUUGAGACGCAGACUCGAUACCGACGAACUGACGCCCAGCAUGAUUCUGACGUGCAGCAGCAGCGCAAAGAUGAUUGCCUCGGUGCUCACCUAUCCCCACGAGGUCCUACGGACGCGCCUCCAGAUGCAGCCAAGAGCGGCAGUCGCCGAUACACCAACGACGUCGCCGACGCCUUCGAUGGCACAGGCUGCAAGCGAGGCCGAGCGAUCCGGGGCCCAAAGGAGGGGCAUGCAUACAGCGGCGGUACGAGGAAUGUCGAGCAGCAGCAGCAGCAGCAGCAGUCGAGAACAAAGCAGACGAGGGCCACCCAAGCUGAAGCGGGCGAAGGUCGCCAGACGGACAAUCUCGCACAUGGCCAACAUGGGCGUUGGGGGACGAUACACGGGCGUUCUCCAGGCCUGCGCGACGAUUGCCAGGGAGGAGGGGGUCCGAGGCUUCUACAAAGGCAUGGGAGUCAACCUCAUCAGGACCGUUCCCAGCUCGGCUCUGACAAUCUUGACAUACGAGAUCAUGAUGCAGCACCUCAAUUAUGACCCAGACCAGGACAGCCAAGACGACGAUGGCGAUGUGCAAACGGACAGCAAAUAGGUGCAUUCCCCUCUCAUCCCCCUCUCUUCACACACACACUCUCGUCAGGUCUCGCAAGCUCUUGUAAUUUCAUCAUAAUGCACUGUCACAUCGUGCCG